CAGCGCUGCCAGUCGUGACGACGCUGCUCACACAACAUGGAGAGCAUCGCUUCCAAACGUAAGUCUCAGCUUACUGGGCUCAUGUCAGUUCACAAUAACUGGCAACAGCUUCUCUCAACGUCAAACUAACAAAAAGUGAUUCCAUAUGUUGUACCCAGAUAAUUGUUAAGUGAACAAGUGAUCACUUUGGAAUAAACUAAGACAAGUGUUCCCCCGCUGCUUCAAGCUGCUGCACUCAGCUCAAUAUCCUUCACCAUUGGAAAAUUGUUCGUCCCGCAGAUUUAAGCUUCAGGUCCAGUAGGCAUUUAAUCCGACCCUGAAUCAACCCGAGGGAGUUAAAGACUACUGCAAUUCCAAUUUCUGCUGGUGACAUUACUCAAGAUGGGCAGACCUUGUGCAGGUCAAAGUCUUGCUGUACCCCUCAAGUCCACUAAAGAUGAUGCCCGACAGGUGAACAGAGGUAGGACGGUGGUGGUUCUGUGGUCUGUGGUGGGAGCUGCAGUACUGACUACGUUAUGGACUCUAGCUUCCACAGCUAACUACCCAACUGACCCUCGCAUUAAACAAGCUGCUACCAGACCAUCAAAGGAGCCAUGCUUAUCACAAGAUAUGCGUCGUCGCCUGGCCGCCUCCCUCACCAGACUUCAGAGAGAUAUCAAAUCUCAGCCGGGUAUGAGCGAACAAGGUGGACGGUGGUGGAGGGAGCUAGGGAAAGUGGCAGCACAACUGGACCCUCGCCUGCACAGGGAAACGCUGCGCCCUGCCACACUUGUCUGCCCAGAACACUACGAUGGCACCAAGUUCAUAGUGGAGCGCUGCACAGGGACGCCUCCGUUGGCCAAGCUAGUGAGUGUAGUGGUGCCAGCGAGGGGGUGGCACCCUUCCAGGGUGUCACAGGUGGUGAGAGGCCUAAACACCGGCCACAACCUCACCAUCAUCCUCAUACUGUCUAAUGAUGAUCCACCUCCCGACACAAACAAAUCAGUGCUAGUACUGAGGUAUGAUGACACUGUAAGUGACGGGAAGGCGCUCCAUGAGGCCCUGGCCAAUGUGAACACAUCGUUUGUCUUCCUAGGCGACUCGCUAGCGUAUUUCUCGUGGCAGCAUUCUUCUUUGCAGCGCCUACUGCGGGUGCUGGACCGUCUGGGUGGUGAGGGUGUGGCUGGUGGCAGCUACCGCGACGAGCAAGGUCAGUGGCGCCAUGGCUGUCUGCAGCGCUCUCUCACCAACUAUCACGCUACCUUCUUGAGUGGCUACCAACAUUCGGCCCAGGAAUGUAUGUACUGCGACGACGUAUUGGGACCCGUCUUGACUAGCACGCGCCUUCUACAACACGUACCCUUCAGUCACGCUCUGAGUGGACCUGCACUUUACCGCGACUGGCACACCAGAGUGACCCAAGCUGGCUACUUGACGCUGGCUUGCCCUGACGUCAUGUUCUUCUUGCAGGAGGAACCUAUAAUGGAUACUACAGACUGGAAAAUUUACGCCACACAGUGGUCCCUCCAAAGUGUCCACUCCUAUGAUGAUGAGCAGUACAGCUUCACCUGCAGCGAGGUGGGCAUCAGGUGUUCUGAUCUAAGAAAAAAGAUCACGUGGUAUCUGGUGCCGCCCUGCUGUCGGGAGGCCAUCAUGGGUGGCAUCACCAUCCUGGACAACUUUGCGCAAGAGAAGGGCCUGUCUUACGAGCUGCAUCAUGGCUCGCUCCUCGGCGCUGUCAAACUUGGCGCAUUUCUACCCUGGGAUUUCGACCAAGAUAUUUACUAUAACUGCAAAGACCGGCGGACCUGGGAGACCCUCGACGAUUUCUUGAAAACCAAAAACACUGGCUGUCAUAUGAGGAUGUCCACCGCUAGACAGUUAGUAUUGCAGUGCACCACUUUCUUCGUGGAUAUGGUUUGCAGGAAACCUUUGACUGGGCACACUCUGCCACUUCCGUACAGGAACGUGACUACAUGGGUGGAGUAUGGCAAGCGGCGGGUGAGCGUGAUGGCUAACCCUGGUAAUGCAAUCAGGGACCAGAUAGGCCCUGAAAACCUGCGGCAUGCACAGCACUGGCGCGUCCCAGGACGCCCUGACCCUGGCGCUUGGCGACCCUGUCAAACCCCUGCCACACAGUCCUGCCUCGACCACCACCCAGCUGAUGGCAGCCUCACCUUCUCUCACCCUCCAGUGUGUCUACCUUGACGCAACGUGCUCCAACCCUAUGGAGAAGAGGAGAACUCUCUCCAACUCUUCCACAUUAGCUCCCAUGGGCCAGGGUAGGCCAUGUUUGUCGUAUGUACCUUGGGCAACUCUGCUCCUCAGUGAUAAUACGCCUCAAUCAUACUCAUCAAUGUGUUCAUUGUCGACCAAUUUACGUCUAACAUCUUCAUAAGUGUCAAGUGUUAAAUCGUGUAAGUGAUCUCAGUGCCAAAAAAAUGAAAUUAAGUCACUUUUUUGGGUUAUCCUAGGUAAUUUGCACAUGUUACUAUGUAUGAUAAUUGUACUUAAGUGUACCUGUACCUAAAUAAACUAACUUAUGAGAAUAAAGCUCUUUUUUUUUGAUGGGGGUAAAAGUUUUACUUCAAAAGCCUGAUACAUAGUGUUGUACAGUAGUUUUAUUUUUUUAUUGGCUACAUUUCCACUGUGAUAGGCCAUAAAACAUUAUAGUUCCUAUGUAAAAGUAACUUCAGCUGUGCAGGAAGGAAACCUGUGAAUGUGUCAAAUCAAAUGAACCAUGGGAGACUUAAGUCUCGAGACAUUCCCCAGAUAGGGAGCCAAGGCCGGGUCACCACUACUUGGAAAAGACCCGGGCCGGGAGAAUACCGGCGAAUAAAAAAAAAAAAAAAAAAAAGUGAACUCAUAAUGGAAUGAGUUACAUCGCCAUGGCCUGACUGGUCUUCCAUCUGAAGCUGAUAAUUACAUUACCUCGUGCAAAAAUCUCAUCAUGUAUGACGGUAUAUAACAGGAAAAUUAUCUUGUGUGAUGGGGUACGACAAGAAAACCAUCCUGUGUUAUAGAUGUUAGGUAAACAAAUCUUGCUUUAGUCUUGAGAAACGUUAUAUACAUUAUGCUGUUAAAAGUGGCUUAAGAUUGGGCUGUGCUAAUUUUCAUUAAAAAAAUUUUGGGAAAAUGGGUGCAAAAUAACAAUAUAUAUGUGAUGAAAAUUGGCCUGGUAAAUAUGAUGAGAAUGCUAAUAUGUGAUAUGUAGCCAAAAGGGUGAGGAAUGCGAUUAAUGUAAAUGCAUGGCGGAUAUGUGGCGUGGAGACGACUUGAAACGUGAACACAAAAUACUGACCCACCGAACUAACUACAAUAAGAUUAACCUAGAAGGCUAGUAACCCAGGAUAAUACAAGAAACAUUAUCUUCACUGGAGUCCUUUGAUGCUCUUCACCAGGAUGCAACCUACAACAGUCGAUAAACAACUAGGUACCUACUUACUACUAAGUGAACAAGGGUAAGGAAAUAUACCCGUCUCCACUUAUGUCAGGAUCCAACACAGGUCCUUCAGGAGCCAGCGGAAGGCUCGAGCUAUUGAUACAGUCAGGUAAGACUACUUAAGGCUCAUGAACAGUUACCCUUCCUACUGUCUUAGUUACAGCGAAAUAUUCACUUUGAUUUAGAAAAUGGGCAGGUGUGUAUUAUGCUGUAAAAAUGUGACAAAUUGUUGAACAAUAUUUGAUAAAUAAUUGGUAGAGAUUAGUAACAUAAAGAGUAGAUCAGUAAUAAAUGUUUGGGAAUGUUUGGAUAUACAUGCUGAAUGUUGUAGAGGUGAAGUAAAUCUGAGAUAGUUUAUAAUGUACUAGGCUUAUUUCCUACAUUUUAAGACAAGGGAAAAAUGCACUUUUAAUUUUAUAUAUUUAAAUAAAUGUAACUUAGUGUAUCGGCAAGUGGUAUGAUAUAUAUUGUGACAUAUAUUCUCUGAAAUAA